GAAUCUGCAUAAUAAUGAACAGAGAAUCCAGUAAAAUUCGCAGGGUAAGUUGCCUGAUGCCCACUGACUCUUAACUGAAAACUCCGCAAAAUUGUUGAUGAUAAUCACCAGAAGGCCUGAAGCAGAACGACUCCGCCUUCCUUAGAGUCACCACCGCUCAUGCCAGCCUAAACCAGAGGUCUAAAAAGAAGAAAAUUGAAGUUCAGUCUUUCAUGGGAGAGCAAGAUGGGAAACCUGUUGAAGGACCAACAUCUUCAAAACCCACCAGUCCGGAUCCAACCGUCGAAGUUUCUGCUACCGUGGAGAAAGCGCUGAUUCCAUCUUUAUCAUCACUUCCUCCCCAACCUUCUUGGUUCACUCCUAAAAGGUUGCUUUUUAUCUUCUGUGUGAUCAACUUGCUAAAUUAUUUGGACCGUGGAGCUAUAGCAAGUAAUGGCGUCAAUGGGAAUCCCAGAACUUGUACUAAAAAUGGUGCAUGUACAUCUGGCAGUGGAAUUCAGGGAGAAUUCAAACUGACUAACUUUGAAGAUGGUGUCAUUUCAUCUGCUUUUAUGGUCGGGCUCCUUGUGGCAUCUCCAAUAUUUGCAUCCCUUGCCAAAAGAGUCAACCCAUUUAGGCUUAUUGGAGUUGGACUGUCGGUAUGGACCCUCGCAACUGCCGGAUGUGGAUUUUCAAUUAAUUUUUGGUCCAUAUUGAUUUGCCGCAUGUUUGUUGGUGUAGGUGAAGCUUCAUUUAUUAGUCUUGCUGCUCCAUUUAUUGAUGAUAAUGCCCCAAUUUCUCAGAAAACAGCAUGGCUUGCAAUGUUCUACAUGUGUAUACCAACUGGAAUUGCGCUUGGAUAUGUAUAUGGUGGAAUGGUUGGAAGCCAUCUAACCUGGCAUUGGGCUUUUUGGAUUGAAGCAAUUUUGAUGCUCCCUUUUGCUAUCUUUGGUUUUGCAAUGAAACCGUUGCAAUUAAAAGGGUUCUCUCCAAGUGUAUCAGAAAAAUUAGUGACUUCUGUGGCAGCUCCUGGAUGUGGAGAAAAAGUUGUUUCAAAUGGUGAAGAUGGUUCAUUGACCAGAAGUGAGAUUCAUGAAGCUUCUAAAGUGUCCAGGUCAAAUUGUAAUUGUGUUAAUUCAGAUCAGUUCAUUGGAUUUUUCAAAGAUAUGAAAGCUCUUUUGUCUGAAAAGGUUUUCGUUGUGAAUGUUCUAGGAUAUGUAGCAUAUAAUUUUGUAAUAGGAGCAUACUCCUACUGGGGGCCUAAAGCCGGUUACAACAUAUAUCAUAUGAGCAAUGCAGAUAUGGUAUUUGGGGGUGUUACAGUUGUAUGUGGAAUAUUUGGAACACUUGCAGGUGGAUUUGUUUUAGAUCGUAUCUCUUCCACACUAUCCAAUGCUUUUAAGCUACUCUCUGCAGCAACUUUCUUUGGGGCUAUAUUUUGCUUUGCUGCCUUUUGCUUUAAAAGCUUAUACGCUUUUAUAGCUCUGUUUGCCAUUGGAGAACUGCUCGUGUUUGCCACUCAGGCUCCCGUAAAUUAUGUUUGCUUACAUUGCGUGAAACCGAGUUUGAGACCAUUAUCCAUGGCUAUAUCCACUGUCUCCAUUCACAUAUUUGGAGAUGUUCCUUCUUCUCCUCUUGUUGGGAUUCUCCAGGAUCAUGUAAACAAUUGGAGGUUUACUGCUUUGACUUUGACAUCCAUUUUAUUCUUGGCAUCCUUAAUUUGGUUAAUAGGGAUAUUUCUUCAUAGCGUGGACAGAUUUGAUGAAGAAAGUGAACGGCCAAACCCCGCCACAACGCCAUUCCUCGAGGAGGAGGUGACAAAAAGAAAAGAGACUUGUUGAACCAUGGCGGUGCUAGCUGCUGGCUGGAAGAACAAGCAAAUGUGAAAAGUUGUAUAGUUUGUCUGUCCAAACAAAUCUGAAGAAAUAGUCUGCAGAGGAUAGAUAUUGUGUUAGGGUGGGUUUGUUUUUAUCAGGGGUAUGGUCUUCUUGAUUUUUGCGUUACAAUUUAAUUGUUCAAUUUUGAAGUAUCCCUACUUGUUCAUAGUGAUGAUGAUGAUGAGGAUGAACUAAUCAUCCUAGUUCCUAGAUUCCUAGGAUGGUACUCAACAAGUCAACAUCAAGGAAGAUAUUAGUCCAACUGUCCAAAAUGCGGUAAAAUUGGCUAAAUUUGACUCGUUUUGGUAACAUUGGAAUUGGCUGAAUUUGCUAAAAUCGAUAAAAUGCAGGGUGUAGCGGUUGAUUUUUUGAAUUAUGGAAAAUUAUAUUGACAAGCUUUUCAAUGGGUCACCUACCCUUGGGACUCUCUACCAUCGAGCUCGCUUAAUUAGAGAGUUUUAUGGUUAAUUAGCAUUCAUAUCCGGUGCAAUGAUUGAUCCAUAAGACCAACAAUCACCCCCGACAUCAACCGGGAGAUUCGCAUGCGGCCUCACUCUGAAAUCGUUUGUAGGAUCAGUUCACCCCUUUUUACAAGCUUCUAAUGGGUCACCCAUCCUUGGAAUUUCCUACCCUCAACUCACUUAAUUACAUAAUUUUAUGGUUAAAUAGCAGUCAUAUAUUACAUUAUUUUGAAUUAAUCAAUAAUAAUGUCUUACUAUUGCUAUUGUUCUUGCUAUUGUUAUUGUUGUUGCCAUUGGUAUUGUUAUUGUUGUUGCUAUUGCUAUUGCUACUGCUAUUGCUACUGCUAAUGCUAUUACUAUUACUAUUGUAAUAGUUUUUACUACUAUUAU